AUGUCUUCUCUACUUGUCGGCUUGCGGACCGGCUUCCGCAACAUCCUGCCUCACGCUUAUAUAAACAUCUCUCAAUCUAAUCACCAUGACAGCGACACAGAGGAUAUCAAGACGAAAAUAUCGGAAGUGGACUCAAGGACUUCCCGUAAUAUAAAUGGCAUCUCUGUAUAUCAUGCGAUAUUCCUCUACACUUUAUCACUUUCACUCGCGGUAGCCUUGGCCAUCACUAUAUUGGGAGCAGCUGCAGAGUGUGAUGGUCCGUUGGGUAGUUAUGAGAGAGGAUUCAAAACUGAGAUACUACCUGAUCGCAACACAAUGGCUUUGCGAAAAGUCAAGUUUUAUGGAGGAUUUGUGUAUGAUGAGAACGGCACCGCGUCUCUCACCCAGCCACCUGGCCCUGAUUAUUUUGGCAUCCCUAGUCGCGAAACAGACGACUAUUGGAAUCUCGAUUUGAAAGAUCGAUUUAUUGCUGUUCCACCGAAAGACUGGCCAUCGGAAGCGGUUGAAUUCUUUGAUAAAGACUUGGUGGAUGGGACCAUACGUUUGGAAACAAAUGGAUUACAUUCACUUCAUUGUUUAAAUUAUAUCAGAAAGUCACUGUCACCCGAGUGGUAUUUCCGCCCCGCAGAUCCAGAUCCGCAAAGACCGCUUGAGAUGCAUUUGAAACACUGUUUAGUGCAAAUUCACCAGCUCCUCAAGUGUCAGCUUGACAUGACUCCAAUUCCAAGAACGUGGAGGCCAACUAAGCAUAUACACCAUGCGGACACAGACAUGUGGCAUGUUUGCAGAGAUUUUAGUGCCUUGAGGAACUGGAUGUAUCCAUCAGAAGAACACCAUACAUGA